UCACCGGCGCACUUAUACCCGAUCGCUUCGCGCACGCACACCGAACCCGCACUGAUCGCGUGGACUUUAUCAUCGAAUACUCCACUGACAUCGCGAUACACCCACGACUUCAGCUGCAUCGAGAAAACCGUCACGGCGAUCGCUGACUACAGUGGUGACAUAUAUAUAAUAUAUAGACAGACAGACAACUCCGUAACCAUAACCAUGGUCGGCACAAGGCACUUGGUGUUUUUGGCCGUAUACGCCGUGUACGCACAACUAUCAACUGCCUCUCCAGUCUACCAAGAGGACGACCACUAUGAUGGACACCACCAUGGUCCACCACCAGCCACUUCGUACGCUACUAUAUCGACAACACACGUCAAAGUGCAACACCCCCCGGCGGUAUCCACGAAGUACGUGACACCGUACAAACAUGAGUAUCUGACGCAACCGCAGAUGGCGUACAAGUAUAUAUCAUUGCCGUCGGCCGUUGCCCUGCAACAGUCCGGUAAAUUCGAAGAGCCAUCCACGUCGGGCUACAAGUACCUGGCCGCGUCACCGACGUAUAAGUACGUACAACCACCAGCGGUGACUACCGAACCAGAAGCCGCGGAAGAGCCAACCAACUCGUUGAAAUACGCACUCAAAUACGAACAGAACUCGUUCAAACAGGAACAAGAACAGCAGCAACAGUUGCAGCAGCAAUUCCAGCAGCAAGAGUACGAACAACCAGCUGUUCAAUACAAGUACAUAGCCGUGCCGUCGUACAAAUACGUGCAACAAGUGUCCGCGGAACCGGAAUACGGUCAGCACCAGCAGCAGCAGCAGCAGCGGCAGCAACAAGUUGCUAUCUCUUAUGACUACACCGAUGACAAGCAAUAAUUAAAUUUAUAGUAGGUAUAGGUAAUAACGACGGCGAUUAUAACAUAAGGCCUCAAUGCCUAAAAUCGGCGUAGUGAACUUAAAAAUUGUCAGAGGUGACCGUUUUUAUGACUAAUUUAACCACUUUAAAUCGCUAAACAUAUUAGCUUUAACUUUUAAGUAUCAUGUUUUCGAAGAUCUGCAGCAUUAAAAAAAUAUAAGAUAAUAUGACACUCCCUAAAAAAACUCUUUAGUCACCUCUUAAAUACCUCCUUCGUUACGCUGUUGUCCAAACUCGCCUACGAUAUAACCACAUUGCUCACUAUUUUAGCCCACCACUUCGAUCUACACUCUUACACUUACAAAAUAUGUAUAUAAUAAAUGUUCGAAUUUUUGAGUGAAAAUUUUUAAAAAAAGUUAAAAAUACAUAAUCUUACGUUUCACGUUUAAUAAUAUUUGUUACGUUUAACGUGCAGGGACUAUCUCUAUCUCACCAUCUUUUUCUCUGUGUCGUCUAUUAAAUUACGCCAAUGAUUAUAUAUAUAUUAUUGUCUUUUUAGUUUUACUUACGGCUGUGUUUGCCAUAUUUUACGUGUCUCUCAGCAUAAAAUGUGGGGGUUUAAUUUCUCCUUAUAUAAUAUAAAAACAAAUACGAUUACGAUUUUUGUACUUUAAUUAUAGUAUAUUU